GAUGGUACUUAACCUGGAUCAUUAUCAUCUCAAUUCCUAAGAACUGAAGAUAGGAAAGAUUAUCAUGAAACUAACAGUCUUGCUGAUUUAUAAGCUGUAAAAUCAGGCUCUUUGAAAAAAGGAUAACCUAAUUUUCGAUAUACAAAUCCUUUAAAUCCAUAAUAUUAAAUCCCUGGAUCUAAAGAUAUUUAUGGUUCUGUUUUUACUUAAACUGCCGAAAAUUAUUUCACUCAAG